AUGCACAGCCCUCCCUGCCUGCUCCCAGUGACCUUCCAGGUAGCAGGCCUGGGCCUGGACAAGAUGAAGCUGGACAGUUCACAGUGCUUUCUGCACGCGGAGGAGGUGGAGGAUCAGCAGCUGCUGGAACCGGAGGCCUGGAGGACCUACACAGAGCGCCGCAACACCCUGCGGGAGUUCCUGACCUCGGACCUGAGCCCCUACCUGCUCAAGUGCCACCAUGCCCGCAUCCAGCUGCUCAGGAAGUGCUCCUACCACAUCGAGAUCUUCCCCAAGCAUCUGGCCCUGGGCAACCAGAACUCACCGGUGCUGCCCAGCACUAUGUAUCAGCUCAUUGACCCCUGCAGGUUCCAGCGCAUGAAGAAGGUGGGCACGGCACAGACAAAGAUCCAGCUUCUGCUGCUUGGGGACCUGCUGGAGCAGCUGGACCAGGGCCGCCUGGAGCUGGACUCCCUGCUUGAGUCGCCAGACCUGCGGCCUUUCCUGGCUGGCUGGGGACUUGUGGAACAGCGUCUAGCAUACUUGUCCGCUGUCAUGGACAACUUCCUGGCCAUGAUGGUACCAAGCCGCCUGCAUAUCAAGCACCACCUGGUGUCUGACAUCGGAGCCACCAAGAUCCCACACAUCCGGCUCAUGCUGAGCACCAAGAUGCCGGUCAUGUUUAACCGGAAGGAGUCAGUGGCCCACUGGGACUGGGUCAGCCUGCGCUGGUUUGCCACCGUCCAGCAGGCAGCACUGGAGCAGUUUGAGCUGCGCUUCAAGCUGCUGGAGCCACGAACGCAGCAGGAAUGCAUGCAGUGUGGGGUCAUCUCCGUGGCAGCCUGCACCUUUGAAGUCCACAACCUGCUGCCCAAUCGCACCUACAAGUUCACUGUCAAGAGGGCAGAGAGCUACACACUGGUGUAUGAGCCCUGGCAGGACAGCCUUACUCUGCAGACCACUCCGGGGCCCCCUGAGGGGCUCACCCCCACCCGGCUGGGAAAACCCAGCCUGCCUUUGACUGCACCUUCUGAGAGAUGAUUUUCUAAUAUUUAUCCACUAAUAAAGAGGAGUAUACCUACACAGAAUUAAACAAACCUGCUUAGGGUUUAAGGCA